AUGGGGUGUCUCACAGACAAACACCAAUCCACCAUGAAGUCCUCCAACACUAGCCCAAGCCGUCUCACGAGGAAGGUGCUCUACCUCACCCCUCCCAUCCUGCUCACUGUCUUCUUCUACCUCCACCUGGAGACCCUCACCCUCUUCUUCACCGUACAAUGCGCCAGCAGGCUCGGCAAUGGCGUCGACGACCGCCUCCGUGCGUCGGCCACCUUCCUCCCGCUCAAGGACACCCGUGAGGGCGCCGACACGUGGUUCAUCAGCACCCUGAACGACACCUCCGAGCCUCCGGGCGAGGCGAGGAACCUUCAGUUUCCGUCCGCUGCCUCCGCGGGCCGCCUCCUCUGCCUGGCGGCCCCCUCGCGCCGCGACGGCACGAAGAACGCCUACGCGCUGGCGUGGCCGGGGGCGCUACCCCGCGGCGCGGAGUUCCGGCCGGGCCUUGCUCUCCUGUCCGAGACCUUCUACGACCACUCCAACCUGUGGCACGGGCUCACGUCGCUGGUGCCGUUGGUGUCGUGGCACGCAAGGCGCGGGUGCGGUCCCGCCCCCGCGAAGUGGGCCUUCUUCCACCAUGGCGAGGUCAGGUCCGGGAUGAGUGGGUGGCUGAUGUCACUGGCCGAGGCGGCUACCGGUGCGCCGGUGGCUGCGGAGGAGUUUGGAACUGUCCCGGUGUGCUUCGAAGAGGCCGUCGUCUUCAGGAGAAACCUGGCCGGUUUGAGCACGGAGAGGCUCCUGGAGGCGUUCGACUUCAUCCGGUGCAAGGCCAGGGCCAAGUGUGGCGUCGUCGACACGUCCGGUGCCGGCAAUGAAACUACAAACCUACGCGUCACCAUUCUCUUCCGCACGGGCGGCCGGUCCUUCAAGGACGAGGCGGCUGUCGAGCGGGUGUUCCAGAAGGAGUGCACGCGCGUGGCCGGGCCAAGCUGCGUGCUCACCGUCGCGCAUUCCGACAACCUGACCUUCUGCGACCAGGUGAGGUUGCUGAGCAGGACGGACGUGUUCAUCUCGGCGCACGGGGCGCAGAUGACGAACCUGCUCUUCAUGGACCGGAACAGCAGCAUCAUGGAGUUCUACCCGAUGGGGUGGAGGCAGCGGGCGGCGGGCGGGCAGUUCGUGUUCCGGUGGAUGGCGAGCCGCGCGGGGAUGCGGCAUGAGGGCUCGUGGUGGGACCCUGCCGGUGACCCGUGCCCCGAUGGCAACCCGGACAUCUUCAGCUGCUACAAGAACCGGCGGAUUGGGAUGGACGAGGCCGCCUUCUCCGAGUUCGCGGCCAAGGUCUUCACCGCUAACAAGGAGCGCAAGUCGGCAAAGGCGCGACAAGGACAAGAAGCAAGAACUAAUUGUAAAUGCAGCUAG